AUGGUUGUGGGCAUUUUGGAGCCUAAAAUCAAGAUUAAUAAAGUCCCGACUGGGUAUUGGCGUUCUCUAAACCUCAUACCUUGCCACCAGAAUAAGAGAGAGAACAAACGUCCGAACAUUUGGGUGCUUCGUCAUCCGGAUGUUGCUGCUAACACCAUUUUUUCUUCUGAACAGGUGGCAAUUAUUGAUUGUAUCUGGAGUCGUUAUAAGUUUCGUGUGGCUGUGAUUCAUGGUUCGAAUUCUUAUGCUUUGAGACGGCAAUUAUGGAUUGAUCUCCUUAGUUAUUCUGACGAGGCGACGGUCUUUAUCGGGGACUUUAAUGCUGUUAAGGGAGCUCACGAGAGAAGCAGUGACUGUAUGCCGAAUGCCACUUCUUGUCGGGAUUUCUGUGAUUUCAUUGCUGCUUCUAGUUUCAUUGAACCUCCUGCGGUGGGUCUGAAAUUUACUUGGUCUGGUCGGAGGUUCAUGCCUUCACAUGUCGAGUCCACUUUGGAUAGAGCUUUAAUUUCCACGGAUUUUGCGGAUUACUGGAGCUCAGUGUAUACUCAAAUUCUUCCACGUUUAACUUCUGAUCACUCGCCCAUCGUGUUACGCUGCUGCAAUGCUCUUCAAAUGGGUCAGCGUUUUUUUAAAUUCCUCCAUAUGUGGACCUUUCAUGAGAACUUUCAGGAGACGGUGCGGAUUUCUUGGAUGGAGGAGGUCUCUUGUCGUUGCCCGAUUUACAGAGUUAUGUUCAAACUUAAACGUUUGCGGGGUGUUCUUAAGUCUUGGAAUCGUACAGAUUUCGGGAACGUUGACACUAUGGUCGCUGAUUCUCAGACCAAACUUCUGGAGAUUCAAUCGCAGAUUGCUAACUCGGGUUACACUGAGGAGUUGUUUGACGCUGAAGUGACUCUUCAAGCUAAUAUCAACAAGGCUCUCACUAGGAAGAACAGUCUUCUUCAACAAAAGAGUAGAAUAUCGUGGCUUAAUGAUGGGGACCGCAACACGGCUUUUUUCCACACGAUGCUCAGGUACAAGAAGAAACCGCACAUGAUAUCUCAUCUUUCUAUCGAUGAUGAGGUGGUUUAUGAACAAGAAACGAUUGAGAAUCAUAUUAUCAAUUACUUCACCAAGCUUUUUGAAGAGGAUAGUCAGGAGGAGCUGGAUAUCACCAAUAUCGAAGCUAUUAUUGAUGAAGUGGUGGAUGAGCAUCAUAACGCUAUGCUUACUAGAACUCCUGAUGAAGAUGAGAUUAAAGCCGCUGUUUUUGGGAUGGACGCUAGCAGCUCGCCUGGUCCGGAUGGUUUCUCUGGGAAAUUCUUUCAGACUUGUUGGGAUAUUAUUAAAUUCGAUAUUUGGCUGGCUGUGGAGACCUUCUUUGAAAAGUCUUAUCUCCCGGUUGGUUGCAACUCGAGUGUCAUGGUACUCCUGCCUAAGAAAGAGGUGGUUCACUCGGUCGCCGAUCUCAGACCCAUUGUCUUGUCUAAUUUUUUCUUCAAAAUUAUUUCAAAGAUUCUGGCCAAUCGUCUCAGCAUCGUUGCUUCUAGGUAUAUCAGUGAUAAUCAAUUUGGCUUCAUCAGUGGUAGGUCGAUCCAUGAUUGCAUCAUGAUCGGUUCUGAAGGCGUGAACUGUAUGAAGCGUUUCGGUAAAGGAAUUAACAUGGCGUGCAAAAUCGAUAUUAAGAAGGCCUUCGAUACUUUGAGAUGGGAUUUUCUUCUUGCUUGCCUUAAGGUCGGCGGUUAUGAUGAUAAGUUCAUUAAUUGGAUUCGCAUCAUUCUACACUCGGCCAGACUCUCCAUUCUCUAUAAUAGUCGUCUGCAUGGUUACUUCGCUUGCUCGAGGGGAGUUCGACAAGGGGACCCAUUGUCUCCUAUUCUGUUUGGCAUUGCCGAAGACGUUCUUAGUGCACUCUUCAAGAAUUGUGUCGCCUCGGGUCAUUUCACUCCGAUGACUAUGUGCAGGGCUCGUCCUUUCCCCACGCAUCUCUUCUAUGCUGACGACAUCCUGGUCUUCUGUAAAGCUUCCGAGCAGAAUGCUCAAACUAUAAAGAAUAUCCUCACGUACUAUGGCUCCAUUUCUGGCCAACUUUACAGCUCUGAAAAAUCGCAUCUCUAUUUCGCGGAGAAAGUUCCUACAGCUCUUAAAAGGUCCAUUGGACGUAUCAUUGAUUUCUCUGUUGGAUCGCUGCCUUUCAAUUACCUUGGAGUUCCUCUUUUCGUUGGUAGAACUCGUGCUUCCUAUCUCCGACCCAUACAUGAUCGGAUUAGUAACAAAUUUGCUCGUUGGCGUGGAAGACAUCUUUCGAUGGCUGGGAGAGUUUGUUUGGUCAAAUCGGUCAUCCAAAGUUCGCUUACUCACUCUAUGAUGAUUUACCAUUGGCCUCGUUCGCUCUUGAAGGUACUUGAUGCUAAAUGUCGUAACUUCAUCUGGACCGGUAAUACGGAAAAGCGGGCUUCUUGUCUGGUGGCUUGGGAAAGAGUUUGUGCUAUCAAGGAAGAAGGGGGUCUAGGGGUCCGAUCUUUCACGCUCAUGAACAAAAGCUUUCUUAUGAAACGUGCGUGGAGCAUCAUAUGCGGUGAUAAAUUUGGCUUAGAUAUUAUGAAGCAAAGAUAUUUUAAAAAUUUUGGGCAGGUGAAAACGGUUACUGCUCCUUCUUCCGUUUGGCUUGGGCUACGGGCUGAAGUGGAGCCUCUCGUUCACGACUCUUACUGUUAUGUGGGAACUGGGGAGUUCAUAAAUUUUUGGAAAGAUGACUGGGUUGGUUAUUCCAUUGCUCAAAAGUGUGGUGUCCCUCACUAUGUUCAAGAUUUUCUUAAUUAUCCUAUUUCGGAUUACUUCUAUGAGGGUGUUUGGCACUUCACAAGUGAUUUCGUUGAUGCCUUCCCGGAAGUGGUCUGCGAUAUUCUUCUGCUUCCGAUAGGAGAAGGCCAAGAUGUGCGAUUGUGGAAGCCUUCGCUUCGUGGGGAAGUUACUGCUGCUCUGGCCUUUGCGCACCAUUGCUCCCGUUUCCCGAGUGUUCGUUGGGGAACAUGGAUAUGGGAGAACUAUAUUCCUACGCGGAGAUCCAUGAUAUGUUGGAGAUUAAUUCAUGGGAGAUUGCCAACUUUUGAUAACCUUAUUAGGCAUGGUUUCAUUAUGCCUAACUAUUGUCCCCUAUGCUUGGAUGAUUUAGAAACCAUGGACCACAUUUUUUGGAGCUGUAGUAAAAUCCGUCCCAUAUGGCAAGAGUUUCUGAAUUGGUUUCAUCACGGGUAUGACACUAAUAAUUCGGAUAUUAUGAGUAUGCUUGUGGCGGCUUGGGGUUAUAAGUUCAGUUCUCAAAUCGCGAACUAUUGGAAAGCCGGUUUAAUCACGAUUAUUUGGGCCAUUUGGAUGCAACGUAAUUGUUGCAUUUUCGAAGAUGGUAAGUCUGAAGCUAAAAGGAUUCUUCAUACGGUUAAAGUGGCUUUUCGAGAGAUGGAGCAGAAUUUUAGACUUGGUUCGAUGAAGAACACUUGUGAGGACUUGUUAAUUCUCCGGAAGAUUGGUAUCAAGGGACGUGCUUCUCCGCCACCGGAUUUUAUUAAUGUCUAUUGGUGGCCUCCUCCCCAUCAAUGGAUUAAAGUCAAUACUGACGGAUCGGCUUUGGGUGCGCCGGGAAGGAUUGCAGCUGGGGGAGUUUUUCGGGAUAGUCGCAGCUUGGUUAGAGGCUGCUUCCAUGUCAAAGGUGGUCUGGGUUUUGCGUUUGAAGCUGAGUUAUUGGCGGUCAUCACGGCAAUUCAAAUUGCCCACCAACGUACUUGGUUUUCUCUUUGGGUGGAAUCCGAUUCCACAUAUAUUGUUGGUUUGCUUACGUCUCGCUCUUUGAAUGUCCCUUGGCGUUUCUUAGCCUCUUGGAGAAGGAUUUUGACUUUGUUGGAAAAUUUUACUCUCCACAUUACUCAUAUUUACCGUGAAGGUAAUAGGGCAGCGGAUAUCAUGACUUCUAAUACUAUGGAAGAAGGUUGGUGGCCGACUGACAUUGAGGAGAUUAAAGACGCUACUUCUGUGGAACGCAGAGAGGUGUUUUUUGGGGUGUCUCUCCGGCCUUUUUUCAGUUUUCGGGUGCGCUCGAAGCUGGGGCUUGGGAGGUCGGACCUCAUUGGUAGCUCGGCGAUAAUGAUUUUCCUUUAUCGGCCUCGAGGUGUUGGAGAUAGCGAGUUUUUGUCAUUGAAGCGCUAUGCUCUCUUUCAAGAUAUUUCUUUAAAGGUCUCGAUGGCCUGGUUUCUUGUUUGUUCCAUCUGCUCUCUGUUCGGCUGGAGAAGGGAGGACGUCUGUCGGUGGGCUGUUGCUUCUUGGUGGGAUGUUUGUUACAUGACGCUGGGGAGUGGGAGCUGCUCUUGUUGGCAUAUCAUCAAACACUUCAUUUGCAUGUUGUGGCAGAUUACUGCAGCGCGCAGAGGGAGGUUUUUUGGGGUGUCUCCCCGGCCUUUUUUCAGUUUUCGGGUGCGCUCGAAGCUGGGGCUUGGGAGGUCGGACCUCGUUGGUAGCUCGGCGAUUUUUAUUUUUCAUUAUCGGCCUCGAGAUUUCGGAGAUAGCGAGUUUUGGUCAUCGAAGCGCUAUGAUCUCUUUUUCGGUCUUCUAAACUGUCAUGUAGGUUGGAUCGAUAUGCAGCUCAGGAGGAUGGUUGGUAGAUGGCAGUUUAUCUAUUGCUGCUUCUUUAACAUGAGUUUUUUCAACAAGAUGCGGAUGCAAGUGGAUGGUCAUUUCAUUAAACACAUGAUAUGCAUUCCGUUGAAGUUUUUUGUGGUGUUCUAUUGGAAGAGUAAUGGGGUGUCUCGCCGGUCUGCUCUCAGUUUUUGGGAUCGAUCCCAGCUGGGUAUUGCGAGGACGGAACUUGUUGAGGGCUCCGCGAUUACCCUUCUGCGUUAUCGGCCUCGGGUCGUCAUGAAUAGCGAUCUUUGGCUCUUGACGAGUUAUGCUCUUUUUUCUAGUUUAGUUGUUUUUCUCUCGUUUAGUAGCUGUAGUUCUUUUCUCAGGAUUAUUUUGAGGGUUGUGCAGUUCUUUGCUUGGGUUCAGUUCUGGUUCUGUUCUUUUCGCCUCAGAAAAUCCCGGGUUUACUUAAGGGCGAUGGUUAGGCCGGAGCUCUGGAAGUACUCCCCAUUUUCUGAGGUUCGUUUCCAUGGUCCUUUCUUUUAG